AUGGGUCUCGAGGCUCGUAUGCCACCACUCCAGCCGGAUGUGGAUACCCUGGACGAGGAGGCAUUCCCCCCAGUAGAACAUUCCACGGCAUUACCAGUACUCACCACCACGCCCACAGCCUACUCGGGAUGCUGUUUAGCCCUUAGCGAAUCUCUCAUCGCCUACUUCGCGUCGCUCCUUCCUCUGUCUCCAUCGCUUGCUCUUUCCAUCGGAAGCGGCUUUGGCCUGCUCGAGAGCUACCUCAUCAUUGAACCUCACGCACAACACGUUAUAGGCGUUGAGGUAGAGCCAAGCUCCAACCAAUACCUGCCUUCCUCGAACCAUCGCGUCGUUCACGGUUCACGCUUCCUCGAGCCGCUCGCUGCGGAAGCCACAACAUGGCUCUUUGUGUACCCGCGUCGCGCAGGGCUGGUGAGCGAAUACCUGGCAGAACAUGGCGAAGGCAGUGUGGAGAGGGUGAUAUGGGCCGGUCCCAAGGCUGACUGGGACGACUACAAGGCUUGCUUCGCCGGUUGGCAUGUCGAAGAGCAAAGCGCCGACCAAGUUGGGGGAAGAGCAUGGGAGUUGAUUGCCGUCGCGAAUAAAGCUUCGACAUGA